AUGCCUUCACCGUUAACGCCGGCAGCCGCGACGGCGGUCAUCGCAGGGCCGAAGCUGUUCACGCCCAUUCGCAUUAGUCCUCACAUCGAGCUCCCCAACCGGUUUUACAUGCAGCCGAUCUACCUCAACAUGGAGAACGAGCUGCCGCUGUGCAGCGACGCGCACAUGUCCGCGAUGGCGGCCUUCUUUGGGGAGCGCGCCCACUUCGGGGCGAAGCUGAUCGUCGUCGGCGGCUUAGGCACCUCGAAGUUCGGUCGCUGGAAGAAAGAUGCGCUGACCUUGGGCACCUUUGACGCGGCCAAGGCGCUGUCACGCGUGACGAAGACGGUGCACCAGGAGGGCGGCUACGUGUUGGCGCAGGCCUUCCACUCCGGCCGUGCCGCCCGCAAGCGUUUCUUCCUCUCCUCCACGUCCGCCCGUUCCACGGUGCAGCCGUUUCCGCGCGCCUUCCCGCUUCGCAUUCCGGGCUUUAUGAUCAACUACGUCGUCUCGGAGUACGAGCGGUUCGCGCGGCUCGCCGAGGAGGCCGGCUUUGAUGGGAUCGAAAUACCCGUGAGUGAGGGCAGCCUCUUGCACAACUUCCUCUCCCCUGCGGUAAACACCCGCCGCGACAAGUUCGGCGGGUCGCUGGAGCGCCGCAUUGAGAUGACGGCUCGCGUGCUCGAGACAAUCAAGAACUCUCUCGCCCACCCUGGCAAGUUCGUCGUCUCCGUGCGGCUCUGUCUGCACGACUUAAAGGUCGGCGGCAGCUCCAUGGCGGAGACGCUGCAGUGCGCCGAGGUGCUCGCCAAGAGCGGCCGCGUCGACAUCCUGAACACCAGCGUCGGCAUGCAUGACUCUCCGGUGCAGACGCUGUCCGCCUACGUUCCACACGGAGCCUUCACCCGGGCGUGUCAACUGGUGAAGGAGCGCCUGGUGGCGGCCGGCGCGGCGGAUCUGCCGGUGGUAGCGUCCCAUCGCCUCAACUCCCUCGAGCUCUCGGAGAAGCUCCUCGACAGGGGCGUGUGUGACAUGAUCGGCCUCGCUCGUCCCCUGCUGGCGGACCCGCAGUACAUCGCCAACGCCGCCGCAGGACGCAGCGAGGACAGCAUCCCUUGCAUCGGCUGCAAUCACUGUGUGAACCGCUUGUACAAGCACCAGCGUAUCACCUGCGCGCUGAACCCCAUCUCCGGCUACGAGCUGCAGCGCGGCUGGCAGCCGGCAAAGUACCGCAAAACCAUCGCCGUCGUCGGUGCCGGGGCGGCGGGUGUGACGUGUGCGCUCACCUUGUGGCGCCGGGGCCACGACGUGACCCUUUUCGAAAGGAACGCCGUGAUUGGCGGUCAGCUGAACUGGGCGAAGCGCGUCCCGGGCAAGGAGAGCUACCAGGAGGUGCUGGAGUACUGGACGCGGCAGCUGCGGCAGUCGUCGAUCAACGUGCGCCUCAACACCGAGUUCACCCGCGAGGAGGUGGCGCGCAAUCACCAGUUCUUUCACGCGGUCGUCAUGGCGCACGGGUCGGUGCCGCGGGCAAUCUCCUCGCACGUUUUCCCCGGUGCGUCGGAGUGCCCGUUGAUUGUGCCCUUUAGCCGCAUUCUCGACGGCAGCGUCACGGCGGGUCGACGCGUGGUGAUCAUCGGCAACGGCGCCAUCUCGCACGACGUCGCGUCCUUCCUGCUGCAUGACCCGCGUGUGGCGCGGGAGGUCUCCUUCUACCUGGAUGAGUGGGGGGUGAACCUGGAGCAGGGUACGGUUCUAGAACACCCAGAGGUGCGCAUGCCACGCAACAACCGCGAGGUGACGAUCUUCCAAAAGGCGGACAAGGACGCGGACCUGUCGCGUGGCUGGGGCUGGACGCAGAAGCGGUGGAUCCGUCACCACGACAGCGCCGUCAUUCGGCACGGCAUGAUUGAGAACUUCGAUGCGGGCGGAGUACACAUCUCCAUUUUGCCGCCAGACAGCCGGAAGUUCUACGUCCCGUGUGACACGAUCGUGUGGUGUAUCGGCAUGCUGCCGAACAUCACGUACGGCACGUGGGUGUAUGAAUGGAUGAAGGACGGGGCGAACACGCGGGGUGAGAUGAUUAGGGAUUUCGCGCUGUACACGUGCGGCUCGUGCCGCGACAGCGUGACGGGGGACGGCCAUGGCGAGCAGGAUAUGCUGCAAGCGGUGCAAGAGGGAUACGAGAUUGGUUACAAGGUCUGA